UGUGGAUCACAUGGACAGGACACAGGGGAAGAAAGGGUGAAACAUAAUUCUUCUGGUGGAUAAACGCCACACGACGAAAUUGGAUUGAGCACUGGACAGGGUGUGAUAAAAACUCCAGAGAGAAAAAACCCAGAGCAAACUAAAGGAUUCUGCUGUUGGAAGAACAGCAGAUAUGAAAAGUCAGACUGUGGUUAUGUCUGUGGCUCUGCUGGCCCUGUGCUGCCUGCUGCUGAUCCCCAGAGGAGGGGAGAGUGCUGGGGGGAUCGUUUCUCUCCGGCAGAGUGAAGGGGAGAGACAGGCGGGGGAUCUGCUAGGAGAUGAGUCCCUGGAUAACCCAGAAAGUGAGCAGGGACUUGUAGUGGACCCACACCCACUGGAAAACAGCAGCAAGGCCAAAAGAGACACAGAGGAGGCUGCACGGGCAGUUUCAGGUAUUUCAGGCAGAGUGAGGAGAGCACCAGAUGAAGGUAAAAAGAAGAAGAAGGACAAGAAGAAGAACAAAGAGCCUAAAGACCCCAAUGCCACCAAAAAGCCCAAAACUGACAAAAAAGGGAAGAAGAAGGACAAGAAGACAACAACCACCACCCUCCCACCCACCACAACAGCUAUCCCAACUGAACCACCCACAGAACCUGAGGUGUACACAGACUACCCCUACCCUGACGUUGAUGAGGAUUACUGGAAACGGGAUGAUGAUUACUGGGAUGCUGAUCCCACACCAUCCAGGCCUCAGUCUGAGACUGAGACCACAGAUAUCCCGUAUGACUAUUGGAAGCCGGAGGAGGAAGACCCUGCUGCUCCUGUAACAGAUGUGUACGAUGACUACUGGAAACCAGAGGAGCAAGAGCCAACCGCUCCAGUGACUGAUAUCUAUGACGACUACUGGAAACCAGAGGAGAAAGAGCCAUACGCCCCCGUGACCGAUAACUAUGACAGCUACUGGAAAGAGGAGGACCCAACGCCCCCUACCCCCGAGGUCGAUGGGAAGGUUGGGACAGAUGACAAGGAUUACUGGGAUGCCACAUUUGAGGAGCCAGAUAACCUUCCAUUCCCUGAUGGUAAAGAAGUCAGCCCUGAAAUAAAAGUAGAAACUAUACCAGAGGAGCCAACAGUCACUUCUCCCUAUGAGGGGACAUGGUAUGAUGAUUACGACGAAUAUGGAAUGAGGAGGAAAGAGGACGAGACAGAUGACAAAUGGAUGGAGAAAGAGAGAGAGAGAGCAGCGAAAGAGAGAGAGAGGGAGGAGAAAGAGAGAGCGCAGAAACUGAAGGAGGCAGAGGAUCGGGCCAGGAACAGACCGCGUGUCUUCAAAGAGCCAAAGAAAUGUCCACCCUUGGGGAUGGAGUCCCAUAAGAUCCAGCCGGACCAGCUUUCUGCCUCCUCUAUGUCUCAGUAUUAUUUUGCACCUCAGAGAGCACGCCUCAACAUGCAGGGCUCUGAUGAAGAGGAUGACUUGAGAGGGGGAGCGUGGUGUGCUAAUUCAGAGGACAGAAUUCACUGGUUUGAGAUAGAUGCACGCAGGGCGACAGAGUUUACUGGGGUCAUUACCCAGGGGCGAGACUCCAAGAAUGCGAGUGACUACGUCACAUCCUACUUCCUGGCUUUCAGCAACGACAGCAGAGAGUGGACCACCAUCCAUGAUGGAUACGCUGACUGGUUGUUCUUUGGAAACAGUGAUACGGACACUCCAGUGAUGAACCAGCUGGCAGCGCCUGUGGUGGCCCGCUACUUCCGAAUCAUCCCUCAGAGCUGGAACGGCACACUGUGUAUGAGGCUGGAGGUGCUCGGCUGCCCCCUGCCUGAUCCAGCUGAUGCUCUGUACAGGCAAAAUGAAGUGACUCCAGUGGAUUACUUGCAGUUCAAACAUCACAGCUACUCAGAAAUGGUUGCACUAAUGAAGUCAGUGAAUGACGAGUGUCCCAACAUCACCAGCAUCUACAGCCUGGGCCGCAGCUCCAAGGGACUGGACAUCAUAGCCAUGGUCAUCUCUGGUAACCCGACAGAGCACGAAAUAGGUGAGCCGGAAUUCCGCUUCACGGCAGGUCUCCACGGAAAUGAGGCGGUGGGCCGGGAGAUGAUCCUGCUUCUUAUGCAGUACCUGUGCAAAGAGUACAAAGACAGAAACCCCAGAGCCCAGCGUGUGGUGGAACAAAUACGCAUCCACCUGGUGCCCUCGCUAAACCCUGAUGGACAUGAAGAAGCUUUUGAAGCGGGAUCAGAGCUGAGUGGAUGGACCACCGGCCACUUCACAGACGACGGCAUUGAUAUUUUCCAGAACUUCCCCGACCUGAACAGCAUCCUUUGGGACGCAGAAGAAAAGGGCAUGGUGCCCAAACUAACCCCAAACCACCAUGUACCCAUACCAGAGAACUUCGAGACCAACAGCUUAGUUGCUGUGGAAACCAAGGCCAUAAUCUCAUGGAUGAAAAGCCAUCCAUUUGUGUUGGGUGCAAACUUCCAGGGCGGUGAGAGAGUUGUGGCCUACCCUUAUGACAGCUUACGUCCAAACAAGCCAGCCCAGAAACCCCACAGCCGCAAGAAGAGACAGUAUGAAGAAGAGGGUUUUGAUGUGACAGAGUGGGGAAGGGGCUACCAGGAGGAGCCAGAGGAAGACUGGAGAAGUAGAGGGUAUGCAGAGCCUGAGGAGGAGUGGAGGGGCCACGGCCACGGCCACGACCACGGCUACGACCGAGGAUACGACCACGACCGCGACCGCGGAUACGACCAUGGCUAUGAUCGUGGCUAUGAUCGUGGCUAUGACCAGAAUUACGAUCACGGCCGCGAGCAGGGUUACGAGCACGGUUAUGGCCACAGAGAGGAGGAGGAGGAUGACAGAGGAAGAGGCGCCGGCUACCAAUACGGUGAGCCUGAGGAUGAGCCACGGGUGAUUGCGGAUGAGUCCCUCUUCAGGUGGCUGGCUGUCUCCUAUGCCUCCACACACUUGACCAUGACACACAACUACCAGGGCUCAUGCCAAGGGGACAAUGCAGCAGGUGGACAAGGCAUCGUCAACCGUGCCAAGUGGAAGCCCAUCACAGGAAGUAUGAAUGAUUUCAGCUACCUGCACACCAACUGUUUUGAGUUGUCCAUAUUCCUGGGCUGUGAUAAAUUCCCUCAUCAGAGCGACCUGGCAUACGAGUGGGAGAAGAACAGAGAAGCAAUGCUCACCUUUAUGGAGCAGGUACAUCGUGGCAUCAGAGGCAUUGUGAAGGAUCAGCAGGGGAACCCCAUUGCCAACGCCACUGUGUCGGUAGAGGGCAUAAACCAUGAUGUCACCACAGCUUCAACUGGGGACUACUGGCGUCUGCUGAACCCAGGGGAGUACCGUGUGACAGCGCGGGCUGAGGGCUUCUCAGCUGUGACCAAGCUCUGCGUGGUGGGUUACCAGUCAGGAGCAACAGCCUGCAGCUUCAACCUGGCUAAAUCCAACUGGGACCGUAUUAAACAGAUCAUGGCCCUCCACGGCAACAAACCAAUUCGCCUGGUUGGCCAUGGCAACACCAGAGUGCAAUACCCCGUAGUUAUUAACAGCAACAGGCAUGCGGUUGCUGGCAACAAUGGGGUUUCAGAUCAGCAAAGGAGGCUCAGAAUAGCUCGUCUCCGCCGCCUUCGGCAACAGAGAUUAAUGAGGUUAAGAUCGACGACGACGUUACCCCCGACAACCACCACGAUUCCCACAACACCAGAGACCACUACAUCCUGGUACGACUCAUGGCCCAUAGAGGAGGGACAGUCCUCGACGCCCGGCGGGUUCACAGACUCCAUCCUGGAUUAUAACUAUGAGUACAAAAUUGAUGACUAUUAAAUCGAACACACACGGUCUGUUUCUGUAAGCACACACUCAUCCUGUCCUUAUUGUAGAUCUCAUUGCUAUGAUUUCCUUUGAGCAGGUUGAACAAGAAUCAAAAGAGGAAUCCUGUCUUUGUAUGAGACAUAAGCAGUGGGAAAGUUCAGAGUCAGCUCCUAAACUUUAACUAUAUUAACUAUAUAGUGUAUCUGUUUCUUAACAACUUGAAAAAACACCUCUUCACAGACCCUUUUAAUUAAUGGUUUCAUUUCAGUUCAAGGGUUCACACACUGCAUUUUUCUGACUCGUUAUUCAGUCUUUUUUUUUUUUUUUUAAAGAGAUGUUUAUUGUGGAUACACAUUAAAAAAACAAAAA